GCAUUGUGGUCGAUUCGGGUGAAGAAGAACUUGUUGCUACUCUGAAACGCUUUAUUGACAUCUACAACAGCAUCAACGGAGGUGACAGCAGCAAGAUUAUCCUCACCCCCACGUGGGCCACUGCCGAUAUGAGCAGCAACUGUAACCUUAUCAAAGCCA